AUGAAACAGAAUUUUAGGUCCUUCUUUUUUGUUAAAAUAUUUGCAUUUAACAUUUUAAUUUGGUUAUGGAAUUAUAAUAAUAAUGCGUGUGACUGUGGAAAACUUAUGUAUAAUAAAUGUAAACUAAAUGGCUACUCAGAUUUAACAUCUAAUAGAAUUCUAUCAGACUGUUCAAUAGAUGUAAAAUUAACGGCAGACAUAUCUUGUGACGAGGCUUAUGCUAAAUUAUUGGGUGUAAAGAGAGAUAUAUCUAUAAAUGACAAAUGCUCUAAAUCGCAAAGAAAAAUAAUAAAAGAAAUUUUAUUAAAAAAAGAGGAAAGGAACAAAUUAUAUAAGAAAAAAAAAACUUUACUUAAUAGAAUGGAUACAUUUUUUGAAAAAAAGAUAUACAAUCAAUUAGAUUACAUAGAUAAAAUUAAGAAUAACAUGGAAAUUAAUGAAAAAAAUGCAAGAAGAAUGAUAAAUAGAAAGGUACUUUUAGAAGUUUCUCCACCCUUUUCAGUUUUACUGUCAAGCUUUAUAGUUUUAAUAUUAUGUUUUUUAUGCGCAGUACUGAAAAUAGAUGAAGUUAGUAGUGACACAGUAACGACGCCACUCAUACCAAAUGAAGUAUUAAUUGUUUUUUCGGUAUUUUUAAUAUUUAUGACUACGUUAAUAAUAUUAGGCAUUAUUUAUACUUCGAUAAAAUGUGAAAAAUACAAAAGAUUAAAGGUAAAUAACUCUAAAAUUUGUUAUAAUAUUGUCAAUUUCGUUGGUAAUAAACAUAUUAAAUGA